AUGCCACGAUCCCCCAAGAAUCUCUCAUUUGACCAAUUGACUGGAGCUUCAGAGACAGUGAGCUCAGAUUUCCGUAAGUUCUCAGUGAAAGCAGCCAUGGAUGAUUUCAGAUCCAAAUCAUGCGGGCAUGGAAUGAUGCAGAUAGAGAGCUACUGCGGCAAUGGCUCGGGGCCCACUUCCUCCGGCGGCAUCAAUGGAAUGCAAGAUCUCAGGUGUUACAGUGCCUCCUAUGCGUCUUCAGUGCAGCCGCCGACCCAAACCCAGAUGGGCAACAAUGGCGAUAGGUUCAAGAAGGGCAAGUCCACAAAUGGGUCUGCCUCGAAAAGCUGGAGCUUUAAUGAUCCGGAGCUGCAGAGGAAGAAGAGGGUCGCUAGCUAUAAGGUUUAUACUGUGGAAGGCAAGCUCAAAGGCUCUCUCAGGAAGAGCUUCAGGUGGGUCAAGGAAACCUGCAACAGAGUGGUCUAUGGGCGGUAA